AUGCCUUCACUUUCCAACCUUUAUCACUUCCCGCGUCCGCAGGAGGCGCGGUCUGGAGCGCUCCGCAGGCCUUGGGAGUUUUGGGCUGCGCGGCUUCCCCAGGCAAUACGGGCCGGGGCGGCAGCACUCGGGAGUUUACGGCGGCGCAGCGCCCACGCGGCCCCGGGAGCCGGAGCAGAACCGGCGCGUCCCCGCCCGCCUGGCCGUCAGCUGAUGGGCCGCCCGCCGGGGAGGCCGCCGCCGCCGCGCGAACAUGGCGGCCGAGAUCCACUCCAGGCCGCAGAGCAGCCGUCCGGUGCUGCUGAGCAAGAUCGAGGGGCACCAGGACGCCGUCACGGCCGCGCUGCUCAUCCCCAAGGAGGACGGCGUCAUCACCGCCAGCGAAGACAGAACCAUCCGAGUAUGGCUGAAAAGAGACAGUGGUCAGUACUGGCCCAGCAUUUACCACACCAUGGCCUCUCCUUGCUCUGCUCUGGCUUACCACCACGACAGCAGACGGGUGUUUGUGGGUCAGGACAACGGAGCCGUAAUGCUCAUCAGAACCGGGUGUCUGCGAUCAUCUUCAGCCUGGCCGCCGAGUGGGUCAUCAGCACCGGCCACGACAAGUGUGUCAGCUGGAUGUGCACCCGCAGUGGCAACAUGCUGGGGAGGCAUUUCUUCACCUCCUGGGCUUCGUGCUUACAAUAUGAUUUUGAUACUCAGUAUGCUUUUGUUGGUGAUUAUUCCGGACAGAUCACACUUCUGAAGCUGGAACAGAGCUCCUGUUCAGUCAUUACGACCCUCAAAGGUCAUGAAGGAAGCAUCGCCUGCCUCUGGUGGGACCCUAUUCAGCGGUUACUCUUCUCAGGAGCCUCUGACAACAGCAUCAUCAUGUGGGACAUCGGGGGACGGAAAGGCCGCACGCUCUUGCUGCAAGGCCAUCAUGACAGAGUGCAGUCGCUGUGUUACCUUCAGCUCACAAGGCAGCUGGUCUCCUGUUCCUCGGAUGGUGGGAUUGCAGUGUGGAACAUGGACGUUAGCAGAGAGGAGGCUCCUCAGUGGUUAGAGAGUGAUUCUUGCCAGAAAUGCGAGCAGCCCUUUUUCUGGAAUAUAAAGCAGAUGUGGGACACAAAGACACUGGGGUUGAGACAGCAUCACUGCCGGAAAUGUGGGCAGGCGGUGUGUGGGAAGUGCAGCAGCAAGCGCUCCAGCUACCCUGUCAUGGGCUUCGAGUUCCAGGUCCGGGUGUGCGACUCCUGCUACGACUCCAUCAAGGACGAGGAUCGGACUUCUCUAGCAACCUUUCAUGAAGGAAAACAUAACAUUUCCCACAUGUCCAUGGACAUUGCUCGGGGACUGAUGGUGACCUGUGGGACCGACCGCGUCGUAAAGAUAUGGGACAUGACGCCUGUGGUGGGCUGCAGUCUGGCAACUGGCUUUGCUCCACGUUGAUCCAGGAGCUGGUCAAGGUCUGCACCUUCCCCGCGGCACCCUUCACCAACACAGCCCUUCCCCGUGGCUCCGUGGUCACAGUCACGUGAAUGGAUAGUAGCCACUAAAAAACAAAGCAACAUUUUUAAAGAGAAAAAAAUGUAAGGUGUGUUUGGGGGCCUUUGCGGAACUACCUGUAGGGACAAAUAUGGAAAAAAAGUUCAUCUGUUGUGGUUCCCUGAGGAAAGGAAUGACUUCAGUGAGACUUCCUCAUGAGCCGUGAGCUCACGUGUGCUGAAGGAGUCAUUCGGCAAAUGAGAGUUUUAGAGGAAAAACCAUUGAACAAAAGCGUUUAAGCAGUUCCAAGUGCAAACACCCUUCCCCUAAGACUUGCCGGCCCUCCACGGGCUCCUGUGGCUCUGUUGUUAGAGCAGGGAUUAGGAGAGGAGGACUUGCUGUCUCCCUCUUGAGGGGUGCAGGAGGACCCCAAGAACCCAGAGAUCUCUCCUUCCUCACUGGCAGUAUGUGAAUAUUCUCUGCACGUAGUGAUUCUUCUUAAAGAUCUCUGUUCUCGCCGGGUAGCACCCUUACCUGCGCUCGGUGUCAGGAGCGCUCAGUUUCCUCUUCCCAGCCAGCCGGUGUGCCAACCUUCCCCGUUGUUACCAAGUGAGCUGUGCAAUUUCUCUAUUAACCUAGGCAGCCCACAUCCUUCCCUUUCCCCCAAGUGUGCCCUGAAGACAAAACGUUUUUAAUGGUGCUGUUAAUGUGGGAGUCACACAAGCCGCCUGAUACUGCUGUCAGUAACGACUCUCGGAAAAUGGAAAAACAGCCCUGCCGGCAGCAUGACGAUGAAGGGAGAUGAUCAUCUGCUCCAUGGAACAGCCCAGUCCUCCUAAAAAGACACCUUCUAUUUGUAGUCCCAAGAUGGGCCCCUGCGAUACUGUGGCAGUUUAAUAAUAAUACACCUCAGAAAAGAACUCCAAAGCUUUUUAAACUAUGUUGACUUUUUGUUGUAAGGAAUAUUAUCAGCAUCUCAUAGAAGGAAAUUAGUAACCCAGAGCAGGAAUUGUUAACCAGGUCCUGCACAGUAAUUCCUAACUUGUAAAUUGCUUUCAUAGCAACUAGUGAAUUCUGUCGUAUCAAAUGGCAUUUUAAAAGUUUUUGGCCACUUAGUAUCAGGAUGGGGAAGAGAGAGGGAAAGGGAAAGCCUGUCUUUUAAUAUUCCAAUAUUUAUUUCUUUGAUUAUUUUUAACAGUAGUACAGUACCUAUUCCAUUAGGGCUAUGCAGAUGAGUGGAGAGAGGCCUACUUUCCUUAAAGACAAAUUUUAAGUAGACAGCAACAGUAUUUUUGUUAGUCUUCUAGUGGAUAUUGAUUAAAAACUCAAUACUGCGUCACUGUGUUGGGAUCAUAUCAAGACAGCAUGGUGGUUUGCUGUGAUAUGAGGAAGGGAUUAAAUCUUUUUUUUAACAGCUGAGAGGGACUGUAAUAUUGGAAGACAGGUAGUUAAGAUGUCUUACUGGCCAAGUGACACACAUAAUAGGGAAAGGAGAUCAGGUACCUCAUAUUUAGAAUAAUCUGCAUUAAAAAUUGACUUGCUUUCACAAAUAAGACUGAAGGGUUUUGUUGCUCCAUAUGAUUUUUGUGUUCUAUCACCUGAAAAGGUGUUUGCUUUUUUAAAACUUUUUGUGAGCUCUUUGCAAAAUGUAUGAUACUAAGACAGAAGGAGACUGGAGGGAUGGGCUCUUACAGGGCAGUUUUGAAUGUUAGCUCUUGUUCAGUUAAUGGUCCAGCUCAUACAAAGGUGCUAUCCUGGGGAUUUCAUGAAGUCCUGAAAGGAAAAUAGGAUAUGAUCUGUUUCUUGCCAUUUUGACAAGUACCGAACUGUGGUUUUUGUUUGCCUUUAACUUCUGUAAAAUGUGAUUUUAUAAUGUCUGUGGUAGACUGAGCACAAUAUCAUGCUGUAGCUUUCAACCUUCUUUUAUUUUAAAAACUGAAUAAAAAACACAGUGUUCUAUGGAGAAUAUAUAAGGUUGUGAGAGCACCUCCUAAGGGAUUAAGCUAAUGUAAAUCAAAGAGGAAAGGCAUUAUGUAAGGGACAGUUAGAGAGGGGUAUCGGCAAAAGGAAAGAACGUUUCAGUUCACUUUUCUCUCCACCAGAGCCUAUUAGCACUUUUCAUUUUAGGGACACACAUAGCAGGCUUGUCUUGUCUCUACUGCACACUAGGGAGCAAGUGGGUAAUAUUUUUUAUAGAGGUUAGCAAAAAUUAUUUUCACAGUUCUGCUGACCGGACACAGAAGGAAGAUCCAACUAGGUUUCUAGUUAUUGCCUUAUUUUGACUGCGUUAUUCUUAAACGGGUCAUUUAAAAUAGCUCUUCAAGUAACAGUUCAUGGUUUUUCCAUUCCUGAAUACUCACGCUAAUUCCUAUAACUAGGGAUUAAGAAGUACAGAAUGUUAGAGAAGAUCCUUAUGUUUUAGAUCUAGUAUGUCUGUGAUAAGGAAAUGUCAGUUCUUCAUUUGAGACGUAUUCUCAAAUUGCCCUCCUUUUUUUUUUUUUUUAACUGCAAAUGACA